UUCCUCACUCUGCACUCUGGUUGUUUUUACCAAAAUAUUUCUUUAUUGAUUCCAUAAAUUAAUUAUAAAGGGUUUCCAGCCAAAUGAACCUCGACACAAGCUGUCUGUGUCUCGCUCACAAGAAUCAAGAAUCAAUCGGGGUCAAGGGCAAGGUCAUCUUUCAUAUUAACCACUUAAAUAAUAGUAAUAUGCCCAAGUUCAUCGUCAUCCAAUCUGUCAAUCAAUCACUCCUCAUAUCAGAUCGAUGUCGGUCGAGUGUCUCUGUAAUACAGAUGCUGUGUUUGUAAAAAUUGAUUGCAUCGUUUUGCACCGAAAAGUUUAAUGCUUUCGGCAAGACUUUCGAUACAAAAUAGUCAUAAUAAUUCUGUAUUUGGCACUCGUCUCUCCCUAAAUUCUACAGCUGGGUUAAGUUCGUCCUACAUGCAAUUUACUGCCAUUCAGUCGUAGAAUCAGUUUUGUCCAGUGUCAACUUUGACAAAUUUGUAACAUGGAACCCUGUAUUCCACUUCCGUUGGCGGACGGUAAUACUUUGAAAGAGCUCAUCCAAAAGGCAAAGGAUUGGGCAAUUAUGCAUGGCGCUGGAAUGCGAUCGAAAGACAGUUUUUCUCCAGAUUCAAUCAACUUUGCCCCAUUUAUGCUUCUCCCGUCCACAUUUCCUCGAUGUGAAUUCGAAAGAGCUGUGGGAAUUCAACCUGUCCUGAAUGAACUGAUGCACAAAGUAGCCCAUGAUUACGACUUUUUGAAGAACUCUUUAGAAACUACUAUUAAAGUUGACGAAUUCACUGGUCGGCUAUUCAAUAUUUAUGAAACUGUGAGGGCUGAAGGAAUCACUCAACCCUUCUCCCUGGGCUUAUUGAGAUCGGACCUGAUGUUGGAAACUGAUUGGCGAAAGUGUCAUUCGGAGGAUCCAGCAACAAGUGCACCUUAUUGCUGCUGGAAACAAGUCGAGGUCAAUACAAUCGCCGCUGGGUUUGGAUUUCUGGGGCCUAUCUCGGGACAACUACAUAGGUUCGUGUUGACCGAAUUAGGCCAUCUGACAGAACUCCGAAAUCUUCCAGAUAACAACGCUCUUGAAGGACUUUGUGGAGGAAUGCUAUCAGCAUGGAAAGUUUACAAUCAACCCAUGUCAGCGAUUUUGUUUGUAAUCGAAGAUGUAACGUACAACAUUUGUGAUCAACGAUUUCAUGAAUUUGAAAUUCAACGCCAAAAUGCGAAGGUCCGCGUUAUAAGGAAUACUUUAACGGAAAUCGCCACAAUUGGAAAGUUGGAUAACGAAAAACGCCUCUUUUUAAAUGACACAGAAAUUGCUGUGGUAUAUUUCCGAGCGGGAUACACACCUGAUCAUUAUUAUUCCGAAACGGAAUGGAAUGCUCGGCUCCUGAUUGAACGGUCUCUUGCCAUCAAAUGUCCCUCGAUUCAGUACCAUUUGACAGGAACAAAAAAAGUGCAACAAGAACUGGCUAGACCAGGCAUGCUGGAUAAGUACUUGACCCCUGAUAAGGUUGAGUCUGUUAAGGAAAUCUUUACUGGUCUUUACUCCUUGGGGAAGGACGAGGUGGGUGAUAAAGCUAUGCAAAUGGCAUUGGAAAACCCAACACGAUUUGUUCUAAAGCCUCAAAGGGAAGGUGGGGGCAACAACAUGUAUGGAGAGAAUGUUAAAUCAUAUCUCGAAAAAAUUAAGGAUAGUGAUGAAAGGAGUGCUUGGAUUUUAAUGGAACGUAUAAACCCUCCAGUGCAAACUAAUUAUAUGAUAAGACCAAAUAUACAAGGACCAAUUGUCACAGAAGUAGUUAGUGAGCUAGGGAUAUUCGGGGUGGUCCUAGGAAAUGCAGAUACAAUUUUGGAGAACACUCAAGUUGGACACAUGCUGCGAACGAAGAUCAGUUCUGCAGAUGAGGGUGGUGUAGCCGCUGGUUUUGGAGCGUUGGAUAGCGUUUACCUAGUUGAUAUUGGAAAGGCACCCAAGAAACAUGUUUAGUACAGAUUAAGUAGUGCCUUAAUGAUUCGGCAAUAAAUAUCUCUCUGCGAUAUAAGUAA